GGUUAGUUUUAAAAUAAUAUGCUUAUUAGACCGCGUUUAAUUAAACUUGUAAAUAAAUUUACUUUAAAUAGAAAUGUCUUUUCUGUUAGAAAUGAAUUGGCUUUAUCGAAAAGAAAAUAUACUAAUAGCCUUAUACUUGGCUUAGAAACAUCUUGCGACGAUACAGGCUGUGCAAUUUUAAAUAAAACCGGCGAAUUAUUAGCGGAAUCUCUACAUUCACAGAACUUAAUGCAUUUACGACAUGGAGGCAUAAUUCCGGAUAUAGCUCGUGAUUUGCAUAGCAGCUCUGUUGAACCAGUCGUAUCUGAAACAUUACAGCAAGCUCGAGUCACGAUGGACGAUAUUGCUGCAAUAGCAGUGACUUUGAAACCAGGUCUUCCACUGAGCCUUGUAGUUGGAAUGAAGUAUGCAAAACAUCUAGCGCGUAAAUAUAAUAAACCAAUAAUUCCAAUACAUCAUAUGGAAGCUCAUGCAUUAGUUGCAAGAAUGCAACAUAAUAUUGAAUUUCCAUACUUAACUUUGUUAAUAUCUGGAGGCCAUUGUCUGUUAGCUGUUGUUGAAGAUGUAAUACAAUUUAAACUACUUGGAGAAAGCAUUGAUAUGGCACCUGGUGAAAUGUUUGACAAAGUUGCUAGAAGAAUGAAACUGAGGAAUAUCCCUGAAUUUGCUCAGAUGUGUGGGGGACAAGCAGUUGAGGUAGCUGGAUCAAGAGCUACUAAUCCUCAUUUAUUCAAACUACCUUUACCUUUAGCUGAUUACAAAGAUUGCAAUUUUAGUUUUAAUGGACUUAAAACAUCUGUGUUGCUACAUUUACAUAGAAAAGAAAAAGAACAUCAGAUUACUGCUGACAAGUUAAUACCAGAGGUAAAUGAUUUAUGCGCAGCUAUGUUGAUGGCCACAUCUAGACAUUUAGUUCAUAGAACACAGAGAGCUAUGGAGUUUUGUCAACAAAAUAAUUUAAUACCUGAUAGUAAAAAACAAUUAAUUGUCUCUGGUGGAGUUGCUUGUAAUAAUUACAUUUUUAAUGCAUUAUCAUUAUUGUGUCAUGAAUUCAAUUAUCAAAUAUAUAGGCCUACUCCUAAAUUAUGUACAGAUAAUGGGGUUAUGAUAGCUUGGAAUGGUUUAGAGAAAUGGCGAAGAGGCUUAGAUAUUGUUACAGAUUUAAAUACUUUAGAUAUUGAAGGUAAUAGUAAAUUAGGCGAAAGUUUUAUAUCAAAAGUUGCCGAAGCAAGAAUACCUAUAAAGCUAGUAAAAAUAAAAAUGAGAUGUUAAUAUUAA